CUAGUUUUUUUCUUUUGAUUUUCUUCUUUUUUUUUUUCAUUUUCUCUCUUCUUUGUUCUUCCCUCUCUAAAAUCUUUCUCCCAAAAACUUUAAGGAGUUGAGAGAGGGAAGAACCUUAACAAAAGAAGUUAAGAAACCGAAGAUACGAUUUAUUUGUUAUAUAUAUUAAAAGAGGAAAAAAAAAAAAAUUUGAAAAUGUCGCUCUCGAGGCUUUUCUUCGUGGUUGCAACAAUCGUAUCGAUAGUUUUCACCAUUUUGUUGCCAAUGGCACAUGCUCAAUCCUCGGCUCCUGCUCCGGCUCCAACAAGUGACGGAACAACAAUAGACCAAGGCAUAGCAUAUGUCCUUAUGUUGGUGGCUUUGGUCCUCACAUAUCUCAUCCAUUAAUGAUUCCUUUUUCAGUUUUAAUUUUGGUCUCUAUUUAGUUUUAAUUAUAUUUUAUUUUCUUUUUUGCUUUUUGAUUAUAACUAAAUAGAGAGACAAUAAAAAUUUGUAUGUGUUGUGGUAGAGAAAUUAAAGAGGUUUUCUAGUUUUUUGGAGGCUAAAGUUAAGAAGUUCUUUUGUAUAAUGUCGAUGUGCGUUCAACUGUUGGAUAUAUAUUUCAUCGAUUUACAUC